CAACGAGAUUGGGGGCGAUUUGGAGUUGGCCUAAUAAUAAAGAUGAAAUCGGCGGAACCCCUGCUUGCAUCAUCGUCCAAAUAUCUCGAUCGGUAUUCUAAAGAAAAAAAAAUCUCGAUCGGUAUACUGACGCCAUGACCACUCUGCCCCGCCAUCUCCCCGUUAUUCUCCACCCCCAAACCCGCCGAAACCCCAAAUCGCGCGACCUCUCCAAGAAAUCCAUGGGUGGCGGCAGCGGCGACCUCAGCCCCACCGGCAUCCCCGCCUCCCCUUCUUCGUCCUCAUCGGACUCCCUUCCUCGAGUCUCUGACGGCGACUCCGAAGGGGGCUGCAUCUGCGACGACCCCGAGGUGGAGGCCCUUCUCUACGGCAGCCAAUUUCAGCACCGGUCGCUGCGGGAGGCGAAAGACCUCAUCAGGAGGUAUAAGCCUGGGUACUGGAUUGAAGGAGUUGGCAACACAAAAGGUGGGGAUUAUUUGUUGCCUGAGACCACCACGUUGUUAUUGGUGGGUCCCAGAGGUGCUGGGAAAAGUACACUUGUCAACCGAAUUACACGGGUCUUUGACAAAGAUGACGAUCCUUUUGCACCAGAGCGGGCGCAGGUUUCCUAUAAUUCCAAAUCAAAUGGUACAAGCUUCAUCCGGGAGUAUAAAAUUCCAAGAAAUUCAAACGGUAUAUGUAUUUGUGAUACAAGGAGCUUGUCCAGAAACCCAGAAAAGGAUUUCAAAAUGCUUCAACGUUGGAUGACGAAGGGAGUUAGCCAUGGGGAAAUGGUGACAUGGGAUACUGAUGAUGACACUAAGAUUAAGAACCUCAAAUCAAUGGGGAGGCAAUACAGUUUUUUGCCUUACAAAACCAGGAAGGUCAACUUUGUGAUAUUUGUGGUUGAUGGUGUUUCUAUCCUAAGAUCAAUUGGAAGUGAUAAGAAAGGAUACAUGGAUAUGCUCCGCGAGACAUUUAUGAAUCCAUUCUUAUCUUUUGGAGAUGACAAGCCUGCUGUUGUGGUUACUCACGGGGAUAGACUAUCGUUACAACAGCGUUCCCAAGUUCAGAAUGAGUUAGCAGAGACACUUGCCAUUCCACCCCAACAAAUUUUUGAUAUACCAGGUUCUGAUGACUAUGAAACUGAUAUAGCUGUGUUGGAUAUGUUGCGUUACUGUAUCCAACAUGCUGAGCAGAACUUCUCUAUGAAACUGAAGAAUCUUGUAGAGAUGCAUGGGCGCGAAACCAUCACAGAGAUGAUGGCGCGGUUGAUGGGACUAGAUGCAGUCAUGGAUGCCACCAUUGUUUUCCUAUGCGCCGUAGCCCUUCUGCUUCGUGUAUCAGAUAACUUACUGUAGUGGUAGCUGGUGUUUUGCUAUUGUGGAUUGUAAAUAAAGCUGUGUGAUCAAAGGGAGUGCUCGAGAGUAGCAUAUAUCACUCACGAUAUGCGACACACUUUCUUGCCACUAUCGAAGAAGACGGUGUCACUUAACCGUAUACGAUAUGUACUGUCUGAACAUAUAUAUGUGCAAGAAGCUUUGUACUGCAGUGUAUAGCACUACAGUUUCUGAAA